AUCGCAAGUCAUCCGUUCUUCAAGAGUGGAGAUUCUGAUAAACAUAGUACUAGUAGAAGUACAUGGGUACAAGAAGCGUCUUAAUUCUAGAAGACAGGGAAGAAGAUCAAAGGAGAUAUUGCAGCACUUGUAAGCUCGUUUGUGCAUGACGUCAAGCUCAGGCCACUCGCAGAUUGCAUGAGCUUAUUUUCGGGGUUUGGCAUCCGUUGUGGCUAUUCAAUCUUUGGUCGAAGCCUUUCUCCUUGUUUCAGUUUUACAAAUAAACUGACAAUGUCCACUAAGGUCAGUGGGAAUGACCAGUCAGCCGGAGAGACGACUAGCCACAAAGGAAAUUCAGAUAGGGCCAAGUUUAUAAACCAGGAGGUAAUAGGUGCUGGCAAGUGGAUUUCUUUGAAUAGAAUCAAGUACCAAGAUCCGUCUGGGAGAGAGAGAAUAUGGGAAGCAGUGUUCAGGACCACAAGGACAGAAAGGGCUUUAGAUGCUGUUGUUAUAAUGCCAGUGUUGAAGCGGCUACUGAAGUAUGACUGUGUGGUUCUUGUUAAACAAUACAGACCUCCCAUGAAAUGUUGUACCAUUGAAUUUCCUGCAGGUUUGAUUGAUGCUGGAGAAUCACCAGAAGAGACUGCAGUCAGAGAAUUGGAGGAAGAAACUGGGUACACAGGCAAAAUAAAACACAUAUCACCAGUCACCUGUUUGGAUCCUGGCAUAGGAAAUUGUACAGUCUGUAUAGCGACAGCAGAGAUUGAUGGUGAUGAUCCUGUGAAUAAAAAACCUAAAGCAAAACUAGAUGAUUCAGAAUUUAUAGAAGUCAUUUCCAUUCCUGUAAAUGAGCUACUAGAAAGACUUAAUGAGUUAUCCAGUAAAGAUAUUGUAGUUGAUACCAGAGUUUUUACCUAUGCUCUGGCCUUGUCACAGACAGCAGAAGAACCUACAGGAGAGGAUGAAAUAACACAUGAUGGUGGAAAACAUGAAGGGGUUUUAUAGAAGAAAAUAAUAAACUUUAAGGUUCACAAAUGCCAUUUUAUGACAGCAGAUAUAUUUGAUAGCUAUUUGCUUGAACAUUUCUAGAUCCUGGAAGAUAUUUUACUUGUUUUUGUGCCAUUUCCUCAUGAAAAAAAAUUAAGAUCCUGUGGUCUAUCUUUAUCAAGUACCAGUAUAAUGAGACAAAGAGGUCAGAAACAAUGCCAUCAUUUCUGGGGUUGGCCAUGCACCUUGCAGGUUUUGAACAUUUUUGCCAAUUACUCGAGCUUGACAAGCUUGAUUAAGACAUUUCAUUAAUUAAAGGUGCAUACAAAGUCAAUGUUUUGUCACAAAAACCAACCAAAUGC